AUGUCGAUCGCCCAUACGCUUAGUGGCGCCGUCGCCACGUCAGCCGCGGCUUCAGGGAUUAGCUUCUUCGGCACCAAGCGAAAUUCUCGUCAAAUUCAGUUUCCGAAGCAGCGUGUAUCGCGUAUUUCACGCCGCUUCCAUCCGCUGCCACGCGCCUCAGAAAGCGAGCGAUCCGCGGUAGAGACGAUCGCACGAGAGCGAGAGCGACUGGGAACCGACGAGCCGAAGGGUGAUACUAGCGGAGGCGAUCUUAGUGGGUCGAAUCCAGCAACGGAGGCCGCCGCCAGCACCGGCACCGCCGCCAGCAAAGAAACCACUUCAUACGUCGCCGCAUCUCCAUUCUCUCCCCAGGUGGCAGCGGCGGCAGCAGCAUUGGAGGGCGAAUUCGCGGAGGUGGACAGGCUGGUGGCGGUGAACCUGAAACGCGUUCUCGAUGCCUUCGCUUCUGCACGUGUGGGGAGGCAUCAUUUCAGUGGCACCACGGGGUACGGGCACGGGGACGCAGGGGGCAGAGAGGCACUUGAUUCCGCCUUUGCUCGGAUCGUUGGCGCCGAGGCAGCGUGUGUGCGCGCACAGUUCUUCUCAGGCACACACGCCAUCGCUGCUGCCCUCUAUGCCGUUCUGCGACCUGGGGACGAGCUGCUGUCAGUGGCAGGGGCGCCAUACGAUACGAUGGAGGAGGUGAUUGGGCUCCGAGGCAUGCCGGGGCACGGGUCGUUGAGGGAGUUUGGGGUGUCAUACCGACAGAUAGAGCUGACAGCACAGGGCGGCCUGGACUGGGAUGCUCUCAGCGCGCCAGGGGCGGUGGCAGAGCGCACACGCUGUGUGCUGGUGCAGCGAUCGUGUGGGUAUUCGCUAAGAGAGACACUUACAGUGGAGCAGAUCGGUCGCAUUGUGGAGAUAGUGAAGGCCCAGAACCCAUCAUGUGUUGUUGUGGUGGACAACUGCUAUGGGGAGUUCAUUGAAGAGAGAGAGCCGACCCAUGUGGGCGCAGACCUUAUAGCGGGGAGCCUAAUAAAGAAUCCUGGAGGGACGAUAGCCCCCAGUGGGGGGUAUGUGGCAGGCAGGGCGGAUCUGGUGGAGGCUGCAGCUGCUAGGCUGGCUGCGCCUGGCAUCAGCUCAGGCGCAGGAGCAACAAGUGGUGAGGUGAUGCGGCUGAUGUUCCAGGGGCUGUUCCUGGGGCCACAGAUGACAGGCGAGGCCAUCAAGGGCAGCCUACUCGUGGCAGAGGUGAUGGCGAAUGAAGGGUUUGCUGUUAACCCCCAGCCCCGAGCACGGCGGAAAGACAUCAUCCAGGCCGUCAUUCUCUCCUCACCCGCUCGCCUCGUUGCCUUCUGCCAAGCUGUGCAGCGGCGGUGCCCCGUUGGAGCUUACAUCAAGCCCACAGCAGGAGUCACAGCAGGAUACGAGUCUGAGGUGGUCUUUGCAGACGGCACCUUCAUUGACGGCAGCACCAUCGAGCUCUCGUGUGACGGCCCCCUCCGCCCGCCCUUUGCAGUGUUCUGCCAGGGUGGAGCCCAUUGGGUGCACUGGGCAAUUGCCCUUGAUGAGCGGUCAGCAGCAGUCAUCAUGGCAAAGGCAUCAGAGGUGAAACCGCCGUGUGCGACGGUAGCGGCUACAGCCGGCGUCAGCGGAAGCAUUUUCGGAGUAAUGUGGGGGUUCUACAGCGGUGUCACUGAUCCCAGAGAAUUCUCUCCUAUCUUCCGCGUCGCUCAUGUGACUGGCUCGGCACUCGGGGAUGGCGUGAAAUUCGGUGCGCUCGCUGCUCUCUUCUCGGGAACCAGAUGUGUUUCUCAGCGCGUGAGGGGUCAAGAAGACUGGGUUAAUUCCAGUGUAGCAGGUGCAAUCUCAGGCACUGUAGUGGCCGCUACAGUGGGCCAACGAGGAUGGACUCUCUUACAAGCGGCUGCACUAGCAGCUAUAGUAGCAGGAGCAGCAGACCGAUACAUAAUAGGGCCAGUGGGAAAUCCAGAGGUGGUGGCAGUGCCCCAACUACAGGGGCAUGGAAGAGAGAAAACUGAGGCUGCUCUGACCGUCAGCAGCUCCGAGUUCUGCGGCAAGGCUAUCCGCCAGGCCGCUGCUCCCCAGGCUGCCAAGAAUGUCUCCUUCACCGUCCGCGCCGGCGGAUAUGAGGAGGAGCUCGUGAAGACUGCCAAACACAUUGCCUCCCCCGGCAAGGGUAUCCUCGCCAUGGACGAGUCCAAUGCCACCUGCGGUCUUCGUCUCGCCUCCAUCGGCCUUGAGAACACCGAGGCUAACCGCCAGGCGUACCGCACCCUGCUCGUCGCCACCCCCGGCAUCGGCGAGUACGUUUCCGGUGCCAUCCUCUUCGAGGAGACCCUGUACCAGAACACCGUUGACGGCCAGAAGAUGGUAGAUGUCCUCUCCAACGGCGGUGUCGUUCCCGGCAUCAAGGUCGACAAGGGUCUUGUGCCCCUCGCCGGCUCCAACGACGAGUCCUGGUGCCAGGGUCUUGACGGCCUCGCCUCCAGGACCGCUGCCUACUACAAGCAGGGUGCUCGCUUCGCCAAGUGGAGGUCCGUCGUCUCCAUCCCCAACGGUCCUUCCGAGCUCGCCGUCCAGGAGUGCUCGUGGGGUCUCGCUCGCUACGCCGCCAUCUCCCAGGACAACGGCCUCGUCCCCAUCGUCGAGCCCGAGAUUCUCCUCGACGGCGCUCACGGCAUUGACAGGACCCUGGAGGUUGCCUCCAAGGUGUGGGCCAAGACCUUCUACUACCUCGCUGAGAACAACGUCAUGUUCGAGGGUAUCCUCCUGAAGCCUUCCAUGGUCACCCCCGGCGCGGAGUGCCCGACCAAGGCCACCCCCGAGCAGGUCGCUGAGUACACCCUGAACAUGCUCAAGAGGCGCGUGCCCCCCGCCGUCCCCGGCAUCAUGUUCCUGUCCGGCGGCCAGUCCGAGGUGGAGGCCACCCUCAACCUGAACGCCAUGAACCAGUCCCCCAACCCGUGGCACGUGUCGUUCUCGUACGCCCGCGCUCUCCAGAACACGGUGCUGAAGACAUGGAAGGGCCAGCCCGAGAACAUCCAGGCUGCUCAGACCGCUCUUCUCAUCCGCGCCAAGGCUAACUCCCUGGCCCAGCUCGGCAAGUACUCCGCUGACGGUGAGGCUGAGGAGGCUAAGCAGGGCAUGUUCGUGGCUGGCUACUCCUACUAA